GUGUGCCUUUUUACCAUCUGGCACCACAUAUUUGUGUUCUCUUUCAACAUGGCGACAACAGAUAAGAAGAAGAAGAAGACGAAAGCUAAAGCUGUGCCGCUCCAGGACUUCCUGGCGGCCAGCGGCGGCGUGAACACGGUGCAGAUGCCACGGAAAGUGUCCAGCUGGGCGGACGAGAUUGAGGAGGAUGAGCACGAGAAGCGCCAAAUAAUUGCCCUGCCGACCGCCCCGCGCGCCAGCCGGAUCUUCAACGAUGACAGUGUGCCGCACUCGCCGCCCUUCCUGGCGUACAUCUCAAAUUUGCCUUACGACGUCCUGGAGGAGGACAUCCGGGACUUCUUCAUGGGCUACCACAUAGUAUCGCUGCGCCUGCCGCGCGAGGACGGCGAGAUGGGGCGCCUCCGCGGCUUCGGGUACAUUGAGUUCGAGACGAGGAAUGAGCUCAUAGACGCCGUCAGCAUGUCAGAUCCGUCGAUACGCAACCGCCGGGUGCGCAUUGACGUAUCGAAUGAGAGUGACCAGAAGCAGCGCGGUGGACGCAAUAAUCGCUACGGCGACCGGGAGCGCGAUGAUCGCGACAUGACAAACUGGCGUCGUGGAAACGACUCGAACAACGAUCGUGACGGUGACAGUCGGCGGGGCGGUUACGGUGGCUUCAGAGACCGCGAGCGUGACUCUGGUGCACCGGAGAACAGCAACUGGCGCCUUGGUGACAGACCCAAUUUGGAUGCAGAGCCGCCGAGGCGGGGCUUCAGCGACGGGCCGCGGGAGCGGUACGGCGGCAGGAGGAGCAAUUACGAGGAGAGAAAGCGUGACCCGGAGCCUACGGAGGUGCGUGAGAGACCAAAGUUGAAUCUCAAGCCGCGCACACUGCCAAUAGAGCCGAUCGUGGUGCAGCCGGAACCAGAGCCGGAGGCUGCGGAGGAGAGGGCGGAGACUCCGCGAGAUAGUGAGCCUGAGCAGCCGCCGCCACCAAAGGCUGAGCCUGUGCCGGCGGCCAAGAUUUUCGGCGACGCUAAGCCCGUGGACACGGCGGCGCGCGAGCGUGAGAUUGAGGAGCGCAUGGAGCGUGAUCGACUGGAGAAGCAGAAGGCGUUGGAGGAGGAGAAGCUGCGCGCGAAGCAAGACAAAGAGAACGAGCGGCCGGAAGAUGAGUCAUCGCCACCCGAGGGGGAAGUGAAGGAGGUGAAGAAGGAGGAGAUAAUCAGUUGGCGCACGAGACCAGCCGACACAAGUGACGAUAGCGGCGGCGACUCCAAUAGGCGUCGCCCGUCGCCACGGCGGUACAGUCCGGACGAUAGGAGGGGACAACCAAAGAGACUUGUCUCGCCUACAGAUGACCGACGCGGCUAUCGCGACAACAGAGACUCUUAUCAAAGAGACAGAGACUACAAAGAUGGGAGGAAUCAGGGGAGGCCCAGAGACAGCAGACAGGAUGCAAAGUAUCGCGAUCGCUACGAUGAGCGCGACGGGCGGGGAAAUAGGGAGAGGAACGACAGAGAGAGGGAUCGUGAGCAGGGUGGAUACAGACAUGCGAAUGAGGAAAGGCCGCAGACGGUGAGACGGGAAAAGCCUCAAGAAGAUGGUCGUGACAUUGAGGAUCGGAUGCCAAAAUACAAGCCCGCAGAAGCACCGAAUCUAUCCAUGUCCAACAAAUAUGCUGCCUUUCUCAAUGACGAAGCAGAUGAAUAGGUGGAUGAUGAGGAAUAUUUAAGGGUAGAGAGAGAGGGAGGGGGGAGCAGAUGUGGGCCACUUUAGUUUUGGUUUGAGCAGAGGAGAAAAAUUGCUAGCAUGGAAAAAAUUAGAUAUCCUUUUAUUCACUUAUGCAUAUAAACAGAAAAUAAUACCUUUAUGAAUAUUGCAAUUUUUACAAGAAUAAAUGAAAGAAAAUCUAGGUAAUGUAACAUAUAAGGCAAGAUAUUUGAUGAGCAGGAUGCCGUAUUCAGAGAGCUAAGUAGGAACGAUGAUGUAAAUGUAGGUAUUUGGAAUGAUGAAUAAUUUUAUGAUUGUUGUAAAUUAUUGUAACGGUGUAGAAAUGAGUGGUAAGCAAAUACAGAUAAGAAGUGAAACAUCUUUACUAUUACUAUGGCGUGGUGGGCAAGACACAGACUAUUAUUGAUUUUAUUUUUUAAAUAAUCCAAUAUCGAUUUAAGCCGACGUUGGGAGAGAAAAUCCAUUUUCACAUGACGAAAAUGGUGGUAGCUAAAUAAAAAAAAAGAUAUAACUAAUGAUUGCGCAAGAAACGUUGUCAUUUUUCCCAAUACAACUACCAUUUUUUUAGCAAAAGGAAUUAUUUAAUACGAGACAUAUUAAUAAAAACAUGAAUUUUAGCAUUAGUGUAAUAAAUCUGUAAAUAGGCCGCAUUGUUUUUCUUUUUAAUUAUUCUGAGCAUUUUUCUUUCUUUCUUGUUGCAAAUAAUUUUAUUCCAAAUGAUAUUUAGUUAAAGAAAAUGUAAUAGAAUAUAAUUUUAUUUACAUAUUUUCCCCAUGAUUCGUAACUAUUUUUACUAUUCUUUCACAUAUUAAAGUCAUAACAAAUAUAUAUUAUAUAGCAAAUGGACUGAAAAGAUUCACACUGCAAUUUUUGCAAACACAAUAAUAGAUUAAUGUUCUUUUUUGAAAUUUCUAUGUUGCACCAUAAUUAUUCUAUUGUUGGAAGAAAAUUAUCUUUUCGGCGAUAACAAAAAGGUAAAAUUUAGUACUUGAGAUAAAAGAGGAUUUUCCAUCUCAUAAAUUAGUUAAUAUAUAUAUUAUCUAGAUAUACUGAAAUUGAAUUAUCUAAUUAAAUAACGAUAAAUGAAAAAAAAUAUAUUGGCAGUAGGUAAAUCAAGUUUUGUAUUGUGUCUCACAUCUUAUAUAUUCAGAAACAAUAAAUAAAUUUAAUAAAGUA